AUGGCAACAUCUGAUAAGUCAAACAAGCGACAAGUCUUAGUUCCAGGUGGUGCUGGUUAUAUUGGUAGUCAUUGUGUUAUUGAACUUGUUAAAGAUGGUUAUGAACCAAUUAUCUUAGAUAAUGAAUGUAAUUCAUCAAUAGAAUGUAUAAAACGUAUUCAACAAAUUGUUGGAUGUGAUAUAAUUAGUUAUAAAAUUGAUUGCCUCGAUCUUGAAAGUUUACGAGAUAUUUUUCGAAAACAUUCAAUUUAUGCUAUUAUUCAUUGUGCUGCACUUAAAGCUGUUGGUGAAUCAGUUCAAAAACCGAUUCUAUACUAUAGAAAUAAUAUUGGUUCUUUACUUAAUUUACUUACUUGUAUGGAAGAAUUUAAUGUAAAGAAUUUUAUUUUUUCAUCAUCAGCUACUGUCUAUGGUACACCAAAAUAUUUACCACUUGAUGAAAAACAUCCAUGUAUUGGUGAUGCUAUUGUUAAUCCUUAUGGAAAAAGUAAAUAUAUGUGUGAACAUAUUCUUAAAGAUACAACAGUUGCUCAUCCAGAUUGGAACAUUAUUAUUUUACGUUAUUUUAAUCCAGUUGGUGCUCAUGAAUCAGGUUUAAUUGGUGAAAGUCCUAUUGGUAAACCAAAUAAUCUUAUGCCUUAUAUUGCUCAAGUAAUUGUUGGUCGAUUACCACAUGUUAAUAUCUAUGGAACUGAUUAUGACACGCCCGAUGGAACAGGUGUUCGAGAUUAUUUACAUGUUGUUGAUACAGCUACAGGACAUACUGCAGCUAUGAAGAAAUUAGAAGAAAAUUGUGGUUUAAAAAUAUAUAAUCUUGGUACCGGUAAAGGUUAUAGUGUAUUAGAUAUGAUUAAAGCAGUAGAAAAAGCGUCAGGUAAAACAAUUGUUUGUAAAGAACAUCCUCGACGUUCCGGUGAUCUUGCAUCCGUCUAUGCUGAUCCAACAUUAGCAAUAAAAGAACUUGGUUGGUCAGCUGAACGAACUUUAGAUCAAAUGUGUCAAGAUUUAUGGCGAUGGCAGUCAAAUAAUCCUAAUGGAUAUUUAUAG